AUGGCAGAACCCACUAGCGACUUCAUAGUAUGGCAGUGGAACUGUCGAGGACUGGGAGGCAAAGCCCACACGCUACAGCAGUACCUCAGAACACACGAAUUGAAACCUAGCGUGAUCCUGCUACAGGAGACGUUCACCGAGCACAUUAAAAUCCAGGGCUAUCGUACCCUGGCCAAGCAUUCCGGUGGUAGGGGGGUAGCCAUUCUGGUAGGGAGCAAGCUCACUUUCUUACAGCACGACAUUCACAUGCUGUCUAAUAACAUUGAAUAUCUGAUGGUAGAGAUAGCAGGCAAAGGGCAACGUAGCAAGUCAACAUUCAUCCUCAACGCAUACAGCAGCCCAAAACAGCACAGGCAGAGGUUUCGUGCUUUCCUAACCAAGGCCACGCACCUGGCAGGUAGUAACCCCCUUCUCGUGGCGGGAGCUUUUAAUGCCCCGCAUCCGACGUGGGGAUAUGUGCAGAGUACACCUAAGGGCAAUGAUCCAUGGGAAGAGAGCAUCGAGGCAGGCCUCAAGCUCAUAACCGACCCGACACAACCAACAAGACGGGGAACUUCCACCAACAGGGACACCACGCGCGACCUCGCCUUCACCAAGAACAUUACUCUAGCGUCGUGGUCUAACAAAAGGGUGGGUCUGGGCAGUGACCACUACAUCACAGCGAUGACGGUAGGCUCGCACAGGACCGAGGAAAAGAUAUUCAAGCUAGUGGACAGGGACAAGUUCAGAGAGCUGAGCACCGGUAGGUCCGCGGAGGACGCGAACGCAUCCCUACACGGGUGGAUGACGCAACUCCAGACGGAUCUCGAGGCAGCAACGCGAACGGUCACCACCGACCUGGAAACUGAGAAGGCGGACAGUAGACUCGCCCACAUGCUAGAAGCCAAGCAAUCGUUACUGCAAAAAUGGAAAGGGCAACGCCUGAGCUGUCGGCUGCGGAAGAAGAAUGCGGAGCUAAACCGGAGCAUCGAACAGCGCUGCUCCACCCUAGCUAGGCAGCAAUGGGACGAGAUCUGCAACAUGACUGACGGGCAGGUACGCAGAGGCGGCUCUUGGAACCUUCUGAAACACCUCUUGGACGGCGCGAACACCAAUACCUCGCGGAAGGACGCGAUGAGCAAGCUGCUAUACGAGGCAUGCAAGACCAAAACACCGGACGAGCUCGUAGCAAGACUGACGGCCACGUACCUCCCCGUGGCGGAUGCGGCAGCUACCAAGGACGCGACCUCCCGAUACUCGGGUCGGCCUAAGGUGGAGCUUGAUGCUGACUUCACCACGGAAGAGAUCAUACAAGCGCUCAGAGGUCUCAACAGCCGAUCCGCACCGGGGCCGGAUAACAUCACCAACAAGGUCCUCCACAAUCUGGACGAGAGCGGCGCGGAACAGCUCACUGCGAUAGUUAAUGAGAUGUGGCGUUCAGGCAAAGUUCCCCUAGAAUAA